AUGGCCAACUUGGCCUACGCUAACUCCAUUUUCUCCACCCUUUUCCGUUUGGCCGCAUAUGUUUUCCUUGAAGUGAUUCCCGCACGCCCCGGAAAAAUUGCAUUACCUGUCCUCUAUGCCUUGUAUCUUGCUACCUAUUUCCUCGUACCUCCUCCCACCAUAUCAGCAGCUGUAGCCGAGCACGAUGAACCAGAGGCGGAACCGAAACUGGUCGAAAAAGCAGACAUUCCCGAACCAACGAUUGAGCCUCCAUCACCACCACCUGGCCCAUACUUAAGCAUUCCGACGAUCCUAUUCUCCCUGCCGACCCCUCUCCGGGAUCUGCGCAUCCUUAAUUUCAUCAUCAACCUGCUCCUCUUCCUUGCAUCUAUCGACCUCGUGCUCCAUCCCUACUUUGACGAUGCCUCCGGCGUUGUCUACACGCGCGUCGGCGCCGUCUACCCCGACGCAGCCAAGAUUGUGGUCCGUUAUCCUCGUACCGACAGCAUACGCAUCACAUGGCGCCAGGUGUCCAACGCAAACCAUUCAGAUCCCGAUUUAUGGAGAGACGGACCGCUUGUGAAUUUGACAUCUGACUUCGAUUGGAUAGACACCAUCAAGCUCGACGGGCUUUAUCCCAGCACUAACUACGAAUACAGACUAGAAGACGAGAACAACACCGUCCUGCCGUACCCAGCAACGCCAAUCCGUUUCCACACGUUCCCCGACCCGCUCCUACACAGCGGCUCGCACUUCCGUUUCGUUGCGUCAUCUUGCAUAACACCAAACUUCCCAUACGUGCCCCUCCAGGGGCGCAGGAUAAAGGGCUUCGAUCUUCUCGCGGAACAUAUUUGGCCGACCGAGCAACCUGUCGUGCCUACAGUCGUGUCCGCGUCAGUGAACGAGACAGAAGACGUGAUCACUCAUGCCAGCGCCACUCUACAGACGGCCUCGUCAUUCGAGGGCCUGUCAUCUACCUCAAAAGAUGUUCCUGCAUCCCCAGCUGCUACCGCCGAGCCGCUGCCGGCUGCUGCGAAGCCUCCCACUGAGUUCAUGAUUUUCAUGGGCGACUUCAUAUAUGCUGACGUGCCGGUCUACUUCGGAGACGACAAGGAGGCAUAUAGGAGGUUGUACAGAAGAAAUUACCAGAGCAACAGCUUCAGAAAAGUUUAUGAACGGCUGCCAAUAUUCCAUACGUACGACGACCACGAAAUAAUCAAUAACUUCGCUGGCCAAGCCAAUGAUUCGCUUGCGCCAUACCCCAACGCUUCCGAUGCUUUCCGCCUCUAUAACGCCGAUGCAAACUUCGACUCUCCCGUGGAGGGCCAACAUUAUUACGACUUCCGUUAUGGCGACGUCGCUUUCUUCGUCAUGGAUACUCGGCGUUAUCGCUCAGGCCUCGACAUCGAGGACCCUGCGAGUCGCACUAUGCUUGGUGACCGGCAAUUGGCCGCGUUGUACGACUGGCUAGGCAAGGUCAACAACACUGCGACGUUCAAAUUCAUCGUCACCUCCGUGCCAUUCACGUCUCUCUGGGGCCACGAUGCGGCGACCGACUCCUGGGCAGGGUUCGCGUACGAGAAGACUGCGCUGCUCAGCGCGCUGCACUCCGUGCGGAAUGUUAUUCUCCUCUCCGGUGACCGUCACGAGUUCGCGGCGAUCCAGUACGCGAGUGAAACCGGACACAACGUGCUUGAGGUGUCGACGAGCCCGCUGAGCAUGUUCUAUGUCCCGUUCGUCCGCACGCUCCGGCCGCGGAGUGAGGGCGUUGUGAGGCAGACACGGGAUGUCGUGCGCACCCUCGAGAACGGCACGGUUGUGAACGCGACAGAGACCGAGGAAGUGCCUCAGGAGCUGGUGUUGCGCUAUAUUGCCCCCGGUAACCACAAGUGGUCUUCGAUUGAGGUCGACACGCGGGACCUCGACCACCCCGUUGCAAAAGUAGAUAUCAUAAUCGACGGUCAGGAAGCAUACAGUUUAAAAGUAGUGGGAAACCCGGUGAACCUGCACCCUUCCACCGCGCUAGGCGCACUCAUGCCGCGGACGUUCAAAGGUGUGCUGGAUAAGAUCGGACUAUCGCCGAGCCGCUGGUUCUGA